AAUUGCACACUCUGAGAGCAAGUUUUAAUGUGUGGCUCUCCCCUCCCUUCCCAUCAGCUGGAGCUGAAGAAGACUCUCCUGGACAGGAUGGUUCACUUGCUGAGCCGAGGGUACGUCCUGCCCGUCGUCAGCUACAUCCGCAAGUGCCUGGAGAAGCUGGACACAGACAUCUCCCUCAUCAGAUACUUUGUGACAGAGGUGCUUGAUGUGAUUGCUCCUCCAUAUACCUCAGACUUUGUACAGCUUUUUCUUCCCAUUUUGGAGAAUGAAAGUAUUGCAGGCACUAUAAAAACAGAAGGUGAACAUGAUCCUGUCACGGAGUUCAUUGGGGCCUGCGUUUAGCAAUUUUCCUGUAAUCGAGAAUCUGUGGGUUGUAGCAAGGAAAGUGAAGAUAAAUACUGCUUUUUGGGAACUAGCACUGCAGCAAGGAAAGGAGAGGAAGGAAAGUUGUCUGUCUGAAUAUUAUACUCCAUCCUGAAACAUAAACUUCUAUCCAGACUCUAAAAUCCUAAUUAUUUACAUAAUGCAGAAAUCCAUAUGCAAAUAUAUAAAUCUGUACUGAACGGUGUCUUUUUUUUCU